GAGCAUCACAAAGCAGCUUUUCCACCCACCACAUGAAUGUUAGGAGUGACAUUGUAAAGAAGGUUAACAUCCGUAGGGAGGAUCAAGAGGACACAAACAAAAGCCGCAAACAAUUUCGGAAAGAAGAAAGAAAGGGAUCGGGCCCCAACAUGGGAUACAUGUGACGAAGAGAAGCUGAGCUGAAUGCGUGAUCUGGACGUUCCAGCGGAUACCGUUAGCGUUUUCCAUAUCAACCAGUUUCUUAAACCUUCUAAACAUAGAGCCUCAUCACAACCAUGAAGCUUACUGGGACUAUCAUUAAACUGGAGUAUACUCAUUGCAGCACAGACAAUGAACAUUUAAACAACAUGAUGGUGAUACCACAGCAUAUAAAUCCAACAGAUUUGCCAGCAGUAGCACCCACCUCAUCACCAUCACAGCCUGAUGGAGGUAGGACUCCUUGUUCGAUAUGUGCAGACAGAGCCACAGGUAAGCAUUAUGGUGCAUCCAGCUGUGAUGGCUGCAAGGGCUUCUUCAGGAGGAGCAUUCGCAACAACCACACUUACAAUUGUAGGUUCAACAGGCAAUGUACUGUGGACAAAGACAAAAGGAACCAGUGUCGUUACUGCAGACUACAAAAGUGUUUCAAAGCUGGAAUGAGAAAGGAAGCUGUUCAGAAUGAGAGAGACUGCAUCAACAGUCACAGAGCCAAGGGACAGACAGUGGGUACUCUGUCCAUCAAUGUGCUCCUGCGGGCAGAGGCCAGUGUGCAACAGUUCCAGGCGCUGGUCUCACCUAGGAGUCAUGACAUCAACACCAAGAAGACAGCCUGUGUGGGAGAUGUGUUUCAGUCCAUGAAGCAGCAACUCCUCCUGCUGGUGGAAUGGGCAAAGCACAUCCCUGAGUUUUGUGGCCUCCCAAUAGAUGACAGGGUUACCCUGCUUCGAACCCACUCUGCAGAACAUCUUCUUCUAGGGGCAGCAAGACGCUCUUUACCUUACAACAAUCUCAUUCUUCUAGGUAACGACUUUGUGAUCCCCCUGAGAGGUGCACAGAUAGAGGUGUCCAGGGUGGCUUUCAGAAUCCAAGAGGAGCUGGUCAAACCUCUCAGAGAGCUGGACAUCACAGACAACGAGUUUGCUUGCCUCAAAACAAUUAUCUUCUUUGCCCCAGGCUGUCCGGGUUUGGAGAGUCCUCAGGUGGUUCGACAUCUGCGUUUCCAGGCCCAACUGCUGCUAGAAGAAGCAACCAGUGAACAGCGGGGAAGGUUUGGGGAACUCUUGUUGAUCCUGCCUUCCCUGCAGAGUGUGGCCUGGCAGAUGGUGGAGACUCUCCACUUAGCACAGCUGCUGGGUGAAGCCAGAAUGGACAGCCUGCUGCUGGAGAUGCUGCUGGGAGAGGGAACCAAAGCAGAACAUGGAGUGGGUACAGGUUCGCCUCAGCCUUCAGACAAUUUCAAGACUCACGACGAGCAAAGAGCUUCACCUACUAAUUUCACCUCUGACAUCUCUCAUGUUUCAACAUCUCUUCCAAGUGGCUUCCAUGCGGCCCACACAGACUGGCACUGAGGUGUACAGACAUGGCGAUGCUGCCAGUGUGCCCACAGCAUACCAGAGGAGCACAUGAAUCACCCGAUCAACAACAUUUAGCACAAUGCAAGACUGUGAAAGAAAGACACUGACACAUGUAAAUAGGUUAAACUGAAUUAUAUCUAAACAUAGUUCACUCAUUGCAAACAUAUUACAGCAUGCUUGACUUGUAUUUAGAGCUAAAGUGCAAGACCCAACAUUUGUCAGCAGAGGGCACAAAGAGCCUGUACAGAAACACAUUUGUUGGCCCCUGUGGGUCAAGUUUUUCUUUUUAAAUAAAAGCCUUUAAUCAUGUUUUUGUGGUCAAAGAU